UCGAAAGUCCGUUGCUUUCCUAAUUGCCGCCUCGCCCAAAUCGUGUUCGGCGGAUCCCAUCAGGAUUUCAACUUGGUGUAGCGCCACCGUCGGUCUCCGUCAAUAUAACUGCGUUCUGGUAAUUAAUUGAACGCACCUUGGCCGAGCAAUAUUCAGUGGCAAUUGUCCUCAUCAUGGGCCACGAUGUUGACGACGAUACCCUGAGCGAUCUGGAAGCGGGUCUACAUCCCCAACAAGGUCGUACCCAAGAUGCGUCCAACUCUGACUCUUGGUUAACCAAUAUGAAGAGCAGCUUUACGCGACUCCUCGCCCUUGGCAUUUUUCAAAACCGAGUUUCAAGCCAUCACCAUGGUGUACCAAGCUACGCGGAGGAUGAUGACAACGUUAUGCACGCGAAUGACGAAGACCUGACCGGGAUGAAAAUCAUGUUUCAAAUGGAUUCCUUUCCGACCAACUUUGUCACUAUGGAUUGCAGCAAACAGACCGGAGUGUCUUGUGUCUCCCCCAGCAGUGCAACGCCUCCCACUCAUUUCCGUUCUGAAUCACCUAUCACAUCGUCACCAUCUGUGACUUCAAGCAAUACCCCUCCGCUCACUCCGGAUUCUUCUGUUGAUAUCCUAGAUUCCACGUCACUGGAGAUUGCCGACACCCAGUCCGGCCUCUCAUUUCCUUUGCAUAGUAUUUCUCACAGGAGUCCGAUGUCGUCCCUAGAGCAUAGAUGUUCCAUCAAUGAUGGGAAAAUACCGGAGUGUCCUCAACUGAUAUCAACUUUCAUUCACCCCGAGAUGCCCAGCCGCCGUGGCUAGAUGACGAAUUUGAGGAAUGGUACUGGCUUGACUACGAUGAAACUUGGUCGAGAUCGUCGUUACUCCUCUGAAAGCGAACACCAUGCCACCGAAGGGUCUUUCCAGUGUUUCCUC